CUUACAACCAUUAUCUAUCUUUGAUAAAGUCAACCUCCAAAAUGUAUACGUAAGUAACUAGGUAACGAGUUCAAUCAAGUGGGGCAUGUUUAAUAAUUUGGGCCAAAAUGGAUAGGUAGAUAGAUAAGCCAAAUUGAUGAAGUUUGAAUAAAUUUAGGUAUACUUAAGUUGCAAAAAUAAAUUUAAAAUGUUCCCUAGAUAAUACCUACACAUACACACUAGUUUUAUUAUAAUCAAUGAUGCAGUUCGAAAUGAAAUAAUUCACGAAAAUUAGGCCAACAGACGUACACCUCAUCAAAAUGAUUUCAUGGCCACUUAUCCUCUUCUUUGUUAUGGUACAAUGCCAAGAAGAAGAAUUCAACAAAAAAGGCCCCGCCGCGUUCGUGAAAAAGCAAUUCAGAAAUUCAGGUAAAAUCAUGGAAAACGCUCGUUCUUACAUGGAAUUGCUGAGGAACAGCGAUAAAUUUAUAGACAAGAGUCAUUUCAUAGCUGCCUGGCAUUUUGAGGGACCUGUCAAGGUGACUGAAAUGAGAUGUGCACCAAGAUGGGGUAAAACUAUAACCUUGCACAUGGUAAAAAAAUAUUUCGAAAUAGAACUGUACGAAAACUGGACCCGAAUACCUCUGGAAGAAACCACGAAUUACAGAUUAUUUCAACGUAGUGAAAUACUUCAUGAAAAUGGAGAAAUGGAUUCAUUAACUGACGUAUUGAACGUUAAUGCUCAAGGUGGCUCCGUUUCCACCCUUCUGGGAAGCUACCCGGUAAUUUUGGUAAGUUUCGAGAACAUCACCGCUUCAAAUUACGACGACUUUGUCGAUCAAAUAGCUGUGGUGAUUAGCGACGUUUUCAAACAGCAUAUGUAUCUCGAAGCCAUAGUAGACGAUGUAAUGGAUGUCGAGGUAUUCUACUCGCAAACCACUGGCUCCGAUGAGGAGGCUUAUUACAAAGAGGAGGCUGCUUAUAAAGAUGAAACCGAUUACCAAAAUGAUGCGGAUGAUAAAAAACAGGCCGAUAUGAACAAACCUGAAGUUAAAUUCGCCAAACCAAUAUCAGAAACUGCCUCGAAUAAAUUUAGAAAAAUUCUCGAUUGUCAAGCUUCCGCUAUCGAAUUAACCAGCGGUAUUCAUUUACUGUCGAAACUUCUGCACGAGUACUUCAAACAGAAGGUUUACAUUUUGAUGGAUGAUUACGACUGUAUCUUCAAGGUGAUUUUUUUGAAUAACAUUCCGGAAGAGGAUGAAUUAAAUAUGCGAAUAUUUUACAAAUCGCUGUUGCUCAACUCUUUGCAGUACAACGAUUAUUUGGAAAAAAGUUUAAUAGCAGGCACAUACGAUGCGAAAACUUUACUAAAAGGGUUCGAAACCACCACGUUUAAUACGUCGAUUAAUAUUUUAUACAAUCCUUGCGGUUUUACGAGAUUCGAUAUAGAUAGAAUGUUUCGACUGUUUCCCAUCGACGUCGAGGCGAAUCGCAAAGCUCGCCAGUGGUACAACGGGUACAGAUGCGGAAGAAAAAUGUCGAUAAAUAUGCACGAAAUCGAACCAUUCGUAUCGAUAUUCAAUGCUAAUGAUUUCACUGUGUAUCACACGCCCAACUUGAUGGAUGAUUUUAUACGUAGAUCGAUACAGGUGAAAAGAUUCAGGGGUUUGUUGGCCAACAGCAUAACAGGAAAAGGAUACAUGAAAAAUGUAUUACAAGGAGACACGAGCGACAUACUGAAAUUAAAAGAUAUGCCAUUCACAUCCAGUACUAGUAUUGAUGAAAAAACACGAGGACUUUACUUGACUUUACUCGUAUCCAGCGGGUAUUUCACGGCUCGAAUGAAUGGCUCAGACCAAAUCGUGCAAAUACCUAAUCACAGAAUUAAAUACCAACUAUCGGAAAUGUUGAUGGAUUUUUAUAAAGUCAAGUACAAUAUUUCACAAAAAAUGAUCGACUACACGAUCAACGAAACGUAUAAGUUUAUACAAAGUAAUAGUUCAGAAUGUGUCAGCUUUUCCAAAUCGUUGUACAGAUUUUUCCAAAAAUUUUCCCUAUACGAGGAUAUAUUUCCUUUGCAUCUUAUGAGAUACAUUUUUCAUUAUUUCGCGUUAAAAAUUUCCACCCUGUAUAAUUAUCGUUUGCUGGAGAUGCUAGUCGUGUUGGGAGACCCAAUGGAGUAUUUUUCCUUGUACAAUCCCGAGCGUAGAAUCAUAUUUGGUAUCAAGUUGUCGAAUAUAUUGACUGAAAGAAUGGUCAAGAUGUUACAGACGUUUGAAAAUAGCACUACGAAGGCACCUGUGUCGAAUUAUACGAAAAUUGUCGCUAUAUCUAUUCCGCGAUAUGGAGAUUUUAUAAUUCAUCACGAAGAGUUCAAGAAUUAUUAGUGGUACGUGUUGCAUUUGGUAUUUUUGUUGAGAUUUGUGCGGAUGAUGGAGAAGGACGAAAUAAUAAAUUUAGAAUGACGUCAUCGUUACAAUCCUGCACCAGCAUCAGAGACACAGGUCUACACUUCCAUUUUUAACAUUGAGCAAAAAAGUGGAUCAAAGUUGUACCUCGACUUUGGAACAGUCGCUUCUUCUCCAACACUUGAAAAAUACUAUGUCAGUUUGGAUGAAUUUUCAUUUUGAAACGGCACCUCCUCCGCCAAAAGUUCGCCAAGUUAAGUAACAGUAAAGUUCAAAGAUAGAUUACGAUGUAUUUGUUAGAAUUGGCAACGUUGCAAUUUUUCUAGUAUUCGAAGUCAACGGUUUUGUUAUAUAUGUUUGUAUCGUUAUUACCUUUUUAUCCUUCGUUAUGUAAAGAUGUCAUGUUAUAUGAAAGUAUUAUUAAACGCCCUGAGAUAAAGAA